AAGCCAAGCCAAUUGAUCAGCGUGCGCGUUUGGCUUCGCUGUACAUGCUGUACUGAGCGGCUGAGCAAAUGUCAGGAUGACAGUAACGCAAGAAGUGCAUUUCGCCCAUCAUCUAGCGGCAAAUGAAAAGGUAACGAGGGACAGAGCCCUGAGAAAGCUCACAAGAUGGAUACGAGCAAAGUCUGCCCGAGAAGACACAGAAUUCACGGAAGAAGCCCUGAUGAAGCUAUGGAAAGGACUGUUCUUCUGUAUGUGGAUGUCAGACAAACCGUUCGUUCAACAAGAUCUGGCGAACAACAUUGCCGGUCUGAUCCACUGCUUCGCUCAACGCAGCCAGGCCCUCCUGUUCAUUGACACAUUUUUCAAGACAAUGGCCCAUGAGUGGUUUGCCAUUGACAGGUUCCGACUCGAAAAGUUCAUGAUGUUGGUGCGACGCUUCUUUCGCCAAGGCCUGGUGUUGGCGUAUGCGGGAGAGUGGAACGAUGAGAACAUUGUGGAGUUCUGCGAUGUCCUCAAGGCUACAGCCCUCCAUCCGAGCCGCAGAGACGUGCCGUUGGGGCUGAAGAUGCACGUCGUGGACAUUUUCCUGCAGGAACUGUCCAGGGUGCACGGCGGAAAGUUGACUUCGGAGCAGGCGGAACUGUUCCUGCAGCCCUUCUUCGACAUCCUUACAGACUCGCCGGCUGGCACCCUGGUGGAAUUUGUGAGGAACAACGUGUUCUUCCUGAUGAUCGACCUGGACCGGGAGGCUGCCGAGCUGGAGCAGGAGGGGGAGGUCCCCAACUUGGACGAAGAGGGAGAGGAGAAGGACAGCGACGAGGAGGAGGACACCUACGACGAGCACGGCCGAGUCAUGGAGAAGGGCGAGUCGUCGCAGGACCUGCCCGCCAUUCCCUUUGACUACGAGAGGAUAGCAAACAAGCUGUUCGAGUGCACCAAACGGCAUGCUCUCAAGCCGGCUAACCGUCUGGUCAUCACGCGGCUUGUCAAGAAGUAUCGGAGCAUCCUCCAAGAGGGGCUCCUCAAGCCGCCCGCUCCGGACGACGACCAGGGCGACAUCAUCACGGAGAAGGAGGUAGACGACGCUGCGAUAAGGCUGGAACAGGAGCGGCUGGAGGAGCUGGAGAGGGAGAGGCAGGAGCUGCAGAAGCUGAAGGAAGGCCGUUCGCAAGCAGCAGAUGCCCAGUUUGGGUUCGACUCGACCAGCGGAGCGUACGAGUACCAACGAGCAGGUUCUGACGACGACGGCGAAUCUGGCAGCGAGUCCGACGCGGACAACGACACGACGGAGGACAACGAGGAAGCACCAAAAUCGUCCUCCCUUGAGGCAAAGAAGCGAAAGAAACGUGGGGCUCGUGCUGUUCCACUUGACGAAGAGAACUGCGGCGUCAGUUCCGACGAGGAACCCUUGGAAGCCAAGAAGGCUUCACCCAAGAAGCGAGUACGAAGGAGGUUGCGGAAGUUCGCUGUACCGGAGGCUUCGAGUUUAGACGAGACUGGCCAGGAGGGGAAGGAAUGCUCGCGCGAAGACGAAGCCGAAAGGGAGAUCGGCGCUCUCUUGGAGAACAGAGUGUCAAAAAGUAAGAGGAAACGGGGCGGGAGCAUGGAACGAGUGGGUGACGAUUUGGGCAGCGACAAACCGGAAAGCUUGAAAAAGGCGAGAAAGCGUAGGAGGAAAAUCCGCGCAGAACCGGCUACUUCUGACAGUGGUCAAGGGGUCGAGGCAACUGGCUCGUCGGAGCACGACAUCGGCGAAGGAAUUUCGAAAAAAGUUGCAAAGAAGUCCGGGGUAAAUGGCAUGGGUUCGGGUUUUCCUGGGAAGAAGCAGAAACUUUACAUUGGCAAGAAGGUGGAGAGACUUGUUCUAGGCAAGGCACCUCGAAAGAAGUCCAUCCUGAAGAACAAGGGAGGCUUUGCGGUUGUUUGCAACUUGAAGGCGACAAAAAAGAAUGGUUCUGCCUUGCCAGCCAAAGUUGAAAGCAAGGAUGCUGGUGUAUCUCUGGGACCAAAGAAAAGUAGGAAGGUGAGAAAGCAGGAGGCACUAAAGAGAAAGCAGGAGCAGGUGCCUAACGGAACUCCUGACACUUUCGAGCCGAAGACAGAAUCUCCCAAGGUGGUUGGUUUGACGGGAACCGAGACGGCUGAAAGAAAGCGGGUUCCCUUGAUCACGCUCACGAAAAGAUUGGAUGCUAAAGGACCAAUAUUUUCAAUCAAACCCGAGAGUGGGUCACCUGCGGCUACACAAAGCACUGAGGCGGAAAGGGGGCAGUUCCAAGUGAGCACCCCAACUGCUGCCGUCUUUCGCAAAUGCCUCAGCAAAGUGCAAUCGGAGAAGCCAUAUAGAAUGAAACGGAUGGCACCAACAGAAAAGUUUUCGUUGUCUUUUCAAGGAGAGAAGAAAGUCAACUUUGCCCUUUCAAGGAACAAGUCACAAGAUCCAAGAGAGUACUUUGAAACCCUGAAGAACAGUCCUGAGAUUCCGUUUGACGCCUCCAGAAAACCUGUCCAAGGCGUACUAAAGACCAAUAUGUCCCAGACACCAGCAGGAGUCAAGAGUCAAAAGCGCUCAAGAGCAUCGGAUUUCUUUUAAAGUGCCCCUGCAUUAUGUUUCUCACAAUUUUAAAUUUCCAUGACUGACACAGAUGAGUAUGUGAAGCUGCAGGAAGUAAUAGAGGAAUUAAGAAAAUUUUGAGUUCAUUGAUAUAUAUGUGUGAAACUGAUUCAAAAUAACAAGCACCUUUCCCCUUUGUGGCUAGUGCCAUUGAAAUAGGAAUAACAAGGCCAUGCACUCACUACAUGCCCAAAUUUUCCAUUCAGUUUUGAGGAUGUGAAUGACCGGCCUUUUUACUGGUGCAUCUCACUAAUAUUUGCCUGAAGAGCACAUGCUCUAAAACAUCAGUAAGGGUUCACAUUAACUUUUUCAGCCAGCACUGCAUGUGGAUGCCGAGGUCGCCAUGUUUCACACUUCACCAAUACUAUUACCAAGUAUGGACUUUAAAUGCUUGUGUUUGCCACUAACUGGCACAUAAUUUGACUCGGAAUUAAAGGGACCCUUUAAUCUUGGAGCCACUAUUGAAAAUGAAGUCCUGCUGUCCUCUGUCAUUACCAGCUCAUAAAUUUGAUCCAAUAGACCUAUUGCUAUAUUACCCAAGCAUCAAGGAGAAUGCAGGGAUUGGUGUUCCACACGCAGCACGUGCUGACGUCAGCAGUAAUAACUUUUCUAAAGCAAAUACCUAAAACAAAUGGCAUCUUGCACGCGCGUUCGUCAACGCUUUCUUUUGGUUAUUUGCUUUGAAUCUUUUACACGGGGAAGGCUUGCGCGUGUGGCAUGUGGAACACCAAUCCCUGCAUUCUCCUUGUUGCUUGGGUAAUAUAGCAAAUGCUCUAUUUGGAGUUAUCAAUCUUCACUGUGCCAUGUGCUCUUGCACCUGCUAGACCAGGGGUCUCCAAACCCCGGCCCCUUCUGACCGGCCCUCAGCUGGCCGCGGUCCUUCCAGAGACACCAUUACCAAUGCCCGCUUGCAGCAAGCCUGCUGCUACUGAAGCAAAAAUAAACUCGCAUGAAAAAACGGCGCAUCCUUGCGCACAUGAAGAUGCAGAAACGACGAGCACUAUUUAUUCAUUUUUUUAUACUUUAAAUUUCUAUAUUUAUAUUUUAGCCCUUGAGACUGCGACUGACCCCCAGUCUGGCCCCUUAGCCAAGAUAUUUGGAGGCCCCUGUGCUAGACAAUGACAAGCAUGGUUCGGGCUUUAAAUUGCGAAUGUGAAUUCUAACAUCCUUGGUUUUUACUUGCGAUUAAGGUAAUAGAGAUGUGUGAAUCCUCAUGUACAGAGCACAUGUAAAAUAUAUUGGCUUAAUGUCUUCGA